AUGUCUUUCGGUGGCGGCAACAACAACGAUCAGUACGGCUCCCGCCGCUCUGAUAGAGACAACUUCGGCUCCGGAGGAGACUCCUUCGGCUCUGGAGGUGACACCUAUGGCUCGGGCGAAUCUUACGGUUCCGGCACCCGCCGCAACGACGAGACGUCUUUUGGCACCAGCGGUCAGGGCGAGGCCUUCGGUUCCGGCACUCGCCGCAACGACGAGACGUCUUUUGGCACCAGCGGCCAGGGCGAGACUUUUGGCUCCGGCAACGAGCAAUACACCUCUGGCAACACCUAUGGCGCUGGCAACGAGCAGUAUGGCUCCGGCAACACUUUUGGCUCCGGCACAGACACAUACGGCUCCAGCAACCGUAACCAGGAGUCUUCUUCUGGCACUUAUCGCCGCCAGGAGGAGCCAUAUGGCUCGUCGGACACUUAUCGAUCCACCGGCGGCCAAGGCGACACGUACGGCUCGGGUAACCGCGGCGAGACGUAUGGUUCGUCUGGAAAUCAGUCUUCGGGCCUAGGGUCCUCUGGCGGAAGCAACGAGAGGAGUGGCAAGGGCGAGAAUCUAUUUGAGAAGGUGAAGGAUAAGGUGACGCACAUGGGGGGCCGCCACGGUGGUGAUAAUCACUAG